AGAGCGCGUGCGUGUGCUCUAAUCAACACACACAAGAAGCUUGCUCGAGUUAAGAUGGCGGCAUGUGGGUGAAGAGGCUGGGCUCUAAACUCGAGUUUUCUCACCAUUAAACGAUUCCUAUGAGCCCGAAAAUAGACAUUAGUCGACAUAACAACAAUUUCCCCAUCUUUCGUACGCCUGGAUGUGAUUUAGGAUUGCCCCAUGACAUCUAUACACUUCGUGGUUCACCCGUUGCCGGGGACUGAGGAUCAGCUCAAUGACAGGCUUCGUGAAGUGUCAGAGAAACUCAACAAAUAUAGUUUCAUUAGUCAUCCGCAUCUUAGCCUAUUGGAGCAGGCCACGCUGAAACAGUGUGUUGUUGGGCCCAACCAUGCUGGGUUUCUUCUUGAGGAUGGACGAGUAUGUAGAAUCAGCUUUGCUGUCCAGCCUGAUCGUCUGGAGCUUAGUAAACCUGAUGGCACUGAUGGUUCAAAGUUGAGCACUGGUUCAGGGACAGGAAGGAGCUCCAGGCCAGGCAGGACUAGUGAUCCGCCCUGGUUCCUGUCUGGUUCUGACACACUGGGCAGACUGGCAGGCAACACCCUUGGGAGCCGCUGGAGCUCUGGUGUAAAUGGAGGCAGUGGCGGAAGUGGAAGUGCUGGUGGAGCAGGAGGGGGCGGCACAGGAGGGGGCACCAGUGGCAGUGGAGCGAGUGGAGGAGGAGGAGGAGGAGGAGGUGGUGGUGGUGGAAGUAGCAACACUUCAGGCAGAUCAUCAUCAACAGCAGCUCGCGACUCCCGUCGGCAGACCAGGGUGAUCCGGACAGGAAGAGACCGGGGAUCAGGUCUUCUUGGUAGCCAGCCUCAACCAGUCAUACCAGCCUCAGUCAUCCCAGAAGAACUUAUAUCCCAGGCCCAAGUGGUCCUUCAGGGUAAAUCUAGGAGUGUGAUCAUUCGGGAACUCCAGAGAACCAACCUGGAUGUCAACUUGGCUGUCAACAACCUGCUGAGCAGAGAUGAUGAAGAUGGAGAUGAUGGUGAUGACACAGCCAGCGAGUCCUACCUCCCUGGAGCAGAGGACCUGAUGUCCUUGCUGGAUGCAGACAUUCACUCAGCCCAUCCCAGCGUGAUUAUUGAUGCAGAUGCAAUGUUCUCCGAGGACAUAAGUUACUUUGGAUACCCCUCUUUUCGACGAUCCUCUCUGUCCCGCCUAGGAUCGUCCCGAGUUCUCCUUCUUCCCUUAGAGCGCGACUCUGAGCUUUUGCGUGAGCGGGAGUCUGUGUUGAGAUUACGUGAGCGCCGCUGGCUCGACGGGGCUUCGUUUGAUGCAGAGCGAGGAUCUACAAGCCGUGAUGGAGAACCCUGCUUGGACAAGAAGAACAUCCCAAUCCAGAGUCCUGUGUCCCUUGGAGAGGAGCUUCAGUGGUGGCCUGACAAGGACGGCGUGAAGUUUGUCAGUAUUGGGGCCAUGUUCUCUGAGUUGGUGGCUGUCAGCUCCAAAGGUGAACUAUAUCAGUGGAAGUGGAGUGAACCAGAACCAUACAGGAAUGCCCAGAAUCCUUCCAUUCAUCAUCCUCGUGUGUCCUUCCUGGGGUUGGCCAAUGAAAGGAUCACCUUAUUGUCAGCCAAUAGCAUCAGAGCCACUGUAGCAACAGAGACCAACAAGGUGGCAACUUGGGUUGAUGACACACUAAACACAGUAGCUGCAAAGCUGGAGCACACUGCUCAAGCUUUCCCUGAACUUCAGGGGGAACGAAUGGUGUCCCUCUACUGCUGUGCACUCUACACCUGUGCACAAUUAGAGAACAGCCUCUACUGGUGGGGUGUGGUGCCUUUUAGUCAACGGAAGAAAAUGCUUGAAAAGGCCAGAGCCAAGAAUAAAAAGCCAAAGUCAAGUGCUGGCAUUUCCUCAAUACCCAACAUCACAGUGGGAACCCAAGUAUGCCUGAGGAAUAAUCCACUCUACCAUGCUGGAGCAGUGGCCUUUUCAGUUAAUGCAGGGAUUCCCAAAGUGGGCGUUUUGUUGGAGUCUGUGUGGAAUAUGAAUGACAGCUGCAGGUUUCAGCUGCGUUCGCCAGAGAGCCUAAAGAACAUGGAGAAGACCACUAAAACCCAAGAAACCAAGACAGAAAGCAAGCCGGAGUUGGUGAAGACUGAGAUGGGUCCUCCUCCUUCUCCAGCUUCUACAUGCAGUGAUACCUCCUCCAUUGCUAGCAGUGCUUCCCUGCCAUACAAGCGAAGGCGUUCCACCCCAGCCCCAAAGGAGGAAGAAAAGGUGAAUGAGGAGCAGUGGCCCCUCAGAGAGGUGGUGUUUGUGGAGGAUGUUAAAAACGUUCCUGUAGGAAAGGUGCUGAAAGUGGAUGGUGCAUAUGUUGCAGUGAAGUUUCCGGGCACAUCAAGUAGCGUGAGCAACCAGAGCACCACUGCCCCUCCAGACUCCGACCCCUCUUCACUGCUUCAGGACUGUAGGCUCCUUAGAAUAGAUGAGCUGCAGGUCGUCAAAACUGGGGGAACUCCUAAGGUUCCCGAUUGUUUUCAGCGCACACCCAAAAAGCUUUGUAUCCCAGAAAAGGCAGAAAUCCUGGCUGUCAAUGUAGAUUCCAAAGGAGUCCAUGCUGUACUGAAAACCGGUAAUUGGGUUAGGUACUGUAUUUUUGACUUGGCCACUGGCAAAGCUGAGCAGGAAAAUAACUUCCCAACGAGCAACAUGGCUUUUUUAGGACAAAAUGAGCGUAAUGUGGCCAUCUUUACUGCGGGACAGGAGUCACCAAUCAUUCUUCGAGAUGGAAAUGGCACAAUUUAUCCAAUGGCCAAGGACUGCAUGGGUGGAAUUCGAGAUCCUGACUGGCUAGAUCUGCCACCAAUAAAUAGUCUCGGGAUGGGGGUGCACUCUCUUGCCAAUCUCCCCUCUAACUCCACCAUAAAAAAGAAAGCUGCAAUUAUAAUUAUGGCUGUUGAGAAACAGACGCUGAUGCAGCAUGUUUUGCGUUGUGAUUAUGAAGCGUGUCGGCAGUACCUGGUGAACCUUGAACAAGCCUUUCUCUUGGAUCAGGGUAGCCAUGCCCUCAAUGCACUUCUUGGCCAUCGUUGUGAUGGAAACCGCAACAUUCUGCAUGCUGCUGUUUCUGUAUGCUUUCCUGUUAGUAACAAGGAAACCAAAGAGGAGGAAGAAGCUGAACGAUCAGAGAGGAACACAUUUGCUGAGCGCUUAUCUGCUGUCGAGGCUAUUGCAAAUGCCAUCUCUGUGGUCUCCAGCAACAGCUCUGGAAAUAGGACUGGCUCCUCCAGUAGCAGAGGGCUUCGGCUAAGAGAAAUGAUGCGGCGCUCUCUAAGAGCAGCCGGCCUCGGCCGUCAUGAGUCAGGCCCAUCCUCCAGUGACCACCAGGACCCUGUUUCACCCCCAAUUGCACCACCAAGUUGGGUUCCUGAUCCCCCGCCCAUGGACCCCGAUGGUGACAUUGAUUUCAUUCUAGCACCACCCAUGAGUUCACUAACAACAGCCUCCACUGGGACCAGCCAGGGCCCGAGCACUUCUACAAUACCAGCAGGACCAUUGACAGAGCCAUCGGUUGUUGAAUCUAAAGACAGGAAGGCCAAUGCCCACCUUAUCCUCAAGCUCAUGUGUGACAGUGUUGUUCUCAGGCCCCAUCUACGUGAGCUAUUGUCUGCUAAGGAUGCACGAGGAAUGACCCCAUUCAUGUUGGCAGUCAGUGGGAGGGCCUACCCGGCAGCCAUCACAGUUUUGGAGGCAGCACAGAAAAUGGCCAAAGGCGACCCAAGCAUUGCAGAGAAGGAGGAUUCAGACUCUGUUUUCAUGGAAAUGAUUUGUCCCCUGGGGACCAACCCGGAUGAUUCACCCCUUUAUGUCCUUUGCUGCAAUGACACAUGUAGCUUUACUUGGACUGGAGCUGAGCACAUUAAUCAGGACAUCUUUGAGUGCCGGACAUGCGGAUUACUUGAGUCCCUUUGCUGCUGCACUGAGUGUGCCAGAGUGUGUCACAAAGGACAUGACUGCAAACUCAAGAGGACCUCUCCCACAGCAUACUGUGACUGCUGGGAAAAGUGCAAGUGUAAAACACUGAUUGCAGGUCAAAAGGCUGCUCGGCUAGAUUUGCUGUACCGAUUGCUCACAACCACAAACUUGGUUACAGCACCAAACAGCAGAGGUGAGCAUAUACUACUGUUCCUGGUGCAAACCGUUGCCAGACAGAGUGUAGAGCACUGUCAGUACAGGCCACCACGCAUCAGAGAGGACAGAAAUCGCAAGGCUGCAAGUGCAGAUGAUUCUGAUAUGCCAGAUCAUGACCUGGAGCCUCCCCGCUUUGCUCAACUGGCUCUGGAGAGGGUCCUGCAGGACUGGAAUGCCCUGAAAUCUAUGAUCAUGUUUGGUUCCCAAGAGAAUAAAGAUCCUCUUAGUGCCAGCAGCAGAAUUGCCCACCUCCUUCCUGAAGAGCAGGUCUAUUUGAAUCAGCAAAGUGGCACCAUUCGCCUUGACUGUUUUACCCACUGCCUCAUUGUCAAGUGUGCUCCUGAUAUCACUUUCAUAGACACUUUACUUGGUACACUGGUGAAGGAGUUGCAAAACAAGUACACUCCUGGCCGAAGAGAGGAGGCAGUCAACGUGACGAGGAGAUUUUUACGCUCUGUAUCAAGAGUAUUUGUAAUCCUCAGUGUGGAGAUGGCGUCAUCCAAAAAGAAAAACAACUUCAUCCCCCAACCUAUUGGUAAAUGCCGCCGUGUUUUCCAAGCUCUUUUACCCUACGCUGUAGAGGAACUCUGCAAUGUGGCGGAGUCGUUAAUCGUUCCUGUGCGAAUGGGAAUCGCAAGACCUACAGCUCCAUUUACAUUAGCUAGUACCAGUAUUGAUGCCGUCCAGGGUAGUGAGGAGCUCUUCUCUGUUGAACCACUUCCUCCAAGACCUUCACCAGAUCAAUCUAGCAAUUCCAGUCAGACGACUGCUUCUUAUAUUAUUAGGAACCCCCAACCCAGGCACAGUGGGCAGUCUCAACCUGUCAGAGGCCGAGAUGAGGAACAUGAUGACAUCGUUUCAGCAGAUGUGGAAGAGGUUGAAGUUGUUGAGGGAGUAGCGGGUGAGGAAGACCAUCAUGAUGAUCAAGAAGAACAGGGAGAGGAAAAUGCUGAGGCAGAAGGGCAGCAUGAUGAGCAUGAUGAAGAUGGGAGUGACAUGGAACUUGAUCUUCUCGCGGCGGCUGAAACUGAAAGCGACAGUGAAAGUAACCACAGCAAUCAGGACAAUGCUAGUGGCCGUAGGAGUGUUGUCACAGCAGCAACAGCUGGCUCUGAAGCAGGUGCCAGCAGUGUCCCUGCCUUCUUUUCAGAAGACGAUUCCCAGUCCAAUGACUCUAGUGACUCAGACAGCAGCAGCAGUCAAAGCGAUGAUGUUGACCAAGAGACAUUUUUGUUUGACGAGCCCCUGGAGAGGACUACCAAUGCUACCCAUGCAAAUAGUGCUGCCCAGGCUCCUCGAUCCAUGCAGUGGGCUGUUAGAAACACUCCCAGCCAAAGGGCUACUGGAAGUGCUCCCCCCAACUCUUCAACAUCAGCAGCAAGCUCCACUGGUCUCAUAUAUAUCGACCCAACAAAUUUGCGUCGCUCAAGUGCAAUCAGCUCUAGUGCUGCUGCAGCGGCAGCUGCUCUGGAGGCCAGUAACUCAAGCAGCUAUCUGACUUCUGCCAGCAGCCUAGCCCGAGCCUACAGCAUUGUCAUUAGGCAGAUCUCGGAUCUCAUGAGUUUGAUUCCAAAGUACAACCACCUUGUCUACUCUCAGUAUCCUGCCUCUGUGAAGCUAACCUAUCAGGAUGCAGUCAACCUGCAGAACUAUGUUGAGGAAAAGUUGAUUCCCACUUGGAACUGGAUGGUAGCCAUCAUGGAUUCCACUGAGGCACAGUUGAGAUAUGGCUCAGCCUUGUCAUCUGCCGGAGACCCGGGUCACCCCAGUCAUCCACUGCAUGCCUCCCAGCAUUCUGCACGGAGGGAACGCAUGACUGCUCGGGAAGAGGCCAACCUCCGCACUUUAGAAGGGCGCAGGAGAGCGGCUACUCUGCUGACCGCUCGCCAGGGCAUGUCUGCACGUGGUGACUUCCUGAAUUACGCUCUGUCACUCAUGCGCUCCCACAACGAUGAGCACUCGGAUGUUCUUCCUGUAUUAGAUGUGUGCUCGCUGAAACAUGUUGCAUACGUUUUCCAAGCGCUUAUCUACUGGAUUAAAGCUAUGAACCAACAGACCACUCUAGAGACCCCACAAGUUGAUCGAAAGAGAAAUCGAGAGAUUUUGGAAUUGGGUUUAGACAAUGAGGACUCUGAACACGAAAAUGAUGAGGACACCAAUCAAAGUGCAAAUUUACAGGAUAAAGAGGAAGAUUCUGUUCCUGCUGAAACGGGUCAGAAUCAUCCUUUCUUCCGUCGCUCUGAUUCCAUGACCUUUUUGGGAUGUAUCCCACCGAACCCGUUUGACGUUCCUUUGGCUGAGGCCAUUCCAUUGGCAGACCAACCUCACCUUUUACAGCCUAAUGCGAGGAAGGAAGAUCUGUUUGGGCGACCUUCUCAAGGCUUGUAUUCCUCCUCCUCCUCUUCCAUGGCAGCCAAAGGCCUGGCUGAGGCAAGCCUGGACAGAAACUGCCUGGAGGUAAACUUGGGCUCCUCUCUACCCUCCCCUUCUCAGGUAUACCACCCCUCUUCACGUGAAAGACAGAUCCUGCCCACUAAAAUGUCUUACUCGGCCAACUUGAAGAAUGUGAUGAGUAUGGAGACUGCUCAGCGUCCCUCUGAGAACCAGGCGCUAGCAGACCAGGAGCUGGAAACCUCAAAAGCGGGCCCUUCACCCCACGACCUUGCUGCUCAACUCAAAAGUAGCCUGCUCGCUGAAAUUGGCCUCACUGAAAGUGAAGGACCUCCUCUUCCAUCAUUCAGACCUCAUUGUAGCUUCAUGGGGAUGAUGAUUUCACAUGACAUGCUGCUCGGACGCUGGCGUCUGUCACUUGAACUCUUUGGGCGUGUCUUCAUGGAGGAUGUCGGCGCUGAGCCUGGAUCGAUUCUUACUGAGCUUGGUGGCUUUGAGGUGAAGGAGUCAAAGUUCCGCCGAGAAAUGGAGAAGCUAAGGAACCUACAGUCCCGGGACUUGGCCUUGGAAGUUGAUCGUGAUAGAGACCAGCUAAUACAACAGACCAUGCGUCAGCUCAACACUCACUUUGGCAGGAGGUGCACAACUACACCCAUGGCCGUACACAGGGUAAAGGUCACCUUCAAAGAUGAGCCGGGCGAGGGCAGUGGCGUGGCCCGCAGCUUCUACACAGCCAUUGCACUGGCGCUGCUCUCCAACGAUAAGCUGCCCAAUUUGGACUGCGUCCAAAGUGUCAGCAAGGGCAUGCAGGCCAGCAGUACGUGUCAUCACGAUUACAAUUCAAAUCUAAUGCAGCGUUUGAGAAACAGAGAUCGAGAAAGGGAAAGGAGAAGCGGUGGUCUGCGAGCGGGUUCCAGGAGAGAUCGGGACAGAGACUCUAGAAGACAACUUUCAAUAGACACCAGGCCAUUCAGGCCGUCAUCGGAGGGCAACCCCAAUGAUGAGCCGGAUCCCCUUCCUGCCCACAGACAAGCUUUAGGGGAAAGACUUUACCCGCGUGUUCAUGCAAUGCAACCAGCUUUUGCUAGUAAAAUCACUGGCAUGUUGCUGGAACUGUCCCCCGCACAACUACUGCUGCUGCUGGCUAGUGAAGAUUCUCUCAGAGCCAGAGUAGAAGAAGCUAUGGAGCUGCUCAUUGCACAUGGAAGGGAAAAUGGUGCUGACAGUAUACUGGACCUGGGUCUUCUGGAGGCACCAGAAAAAGCACAACAACAGGAAAACCGCAAGAGGCACGGUUCAACACGCAGUGUGGUGGAUAUGGAGCUGGAUGACCCAGACGAUGGGGAUGACAAUGCUCCUCUCUUCUACCAGCCUGGCAAGAGAGGCUUCUACUCCCCUCGGCCCGGAAAGAACACGGAGGCCAGACUCAACUGCUUCCGUAACAUUGGCAGGAUAUUGGGGUUGUGUCUGCUUCAGAAUGAGCUCUGUCCAAUAACGCUGAAUAGACAUGUAAUUAAGGUCUUGCUCGGCAGAAAGGUGAACUGGCAUGAUUUUGCAUUCUUUGACCCGGUAAUGUACGAGAGCCUGAGGCAGCUUAUCCGCCAUUCACUGGCUGGUGAAGCAGAAGCUGUAUUUGCUGCAAUGGAUUUGGCCUUUGCCAUUGACCUUUGCAAAGAGGAAGGGACUGGACAGGUGGAACUUCUUUCAGGUGGGGUCAACAUGCCAGUAACUCCCCUCAAUGUGUACGAAUAUGUGCGGAAGUAUGCAGAACACAGAAUGCUGGUGGUGGCUGAACAACCGCUCCAUGCAAUGAGGAAGGGUUUACUGGAUGUGCUUCCAAAGAACGCCUUGGAAGAUCUGACUGCUGAGGACUUCCGAUUGCUCGUCAAUGGUUGCGGAGAGGUCAACGUGCAGAUGCUCAUUAGCUUCACCUCAUUCAAUGAUGAGUCUGGGGAGAAUGCAGACAAACUACUGCAGUUUAAGCGCUGGUUUUGGUCUAUAGUCGAGAAGAUGAGCAUGACUGAGAGACAAGAUCUGGUAUAUUUCUGGACAUCCAGCCCAUCCCUGCCAGCCAGCGAAGAGGGCUUCCAGCCAAUGCCCUCCAUUACCAUUCGGCCACCAGAUGACCAGCACCUCCCCACAGCCAACACGUGCAUCUCGCGCCUCUACGUGCCACUCUAUUCUUCAAAACAGAUACUCAAACAGAAGCUCCUAUUAGCCAUUAAGACCAAGAACUUUGGUUUCGUGUAGAGGUUAAAAAAAGAAGAGUUUAAAAAAAAAAAUGUAAAACAUGUUUACUGUUGUGUAAUAUUUACUUAGCUCCUUUUUGUAGAUUUAUUUUUUGUCUAUACAAUUUUAUUAAAUUUCGACAAACUGUCGCUAUCUCCCCAGACAGUAUUUGUGUUGUGAACACAAACUGUUAUAUUUAGUUCAAUUUUUGUUUUCUCUGUUAAAAAGUAAAAAGAUGUAUACAGUCCCAGAACAUUCCUACAUUGGCACUGUAAAAUGUAAAGCCCACAGCUCUGUUCGAUUAGCUGAAACGUUUGCUUCCCAGGAUUUUUGGUUUGACAGAAAUCUGUCUGCCGAAACCCAGCCAAAGAUGACGGCAGUAGAGGUAUUUGAAAUAACACACUGUGAUUAUAGUUUUCCUUCCAAGAAAAGUACUAUCACUGACAGUUCACUGCUGCCUUUCUGGAAUUGUUUUUUUCUUGUACAGGGGGAGUAGGGAAUUUCAAAAUAAAAACUUGGAUGCAAAA